ACGGAUCGAUAUCACGCGCCCGUUCGCAUAAUGUCGUCGGCUCGCGGUUUGUGUCAAAUCCGAAUCAAUUAACCUCACAAUAAGCCUCAGGCUCAUCCGCUCCGGCACACGGACAAGCGACAGUCGAUGCCGACGUGCGAGUGGCGGUACGACGUCGCGCGCCGUUACGUGACGCGAAGCGGUGUCGAAUGCGAGACGGCGACGACGACGACGACAACGACGUCGACGACAACGACGACGAGGAGGAGGACGAGCUCGCGGCACGCGCGGGAAACACGGCGAAGUCGCGGCGUCGACGUGAAACACGGCGGAAGUCGAAAUCGGAAUAUAUCGUUUGAGUAGAGCCUUCGUAGCACGAGGGAAAUGUCCACCGUAAAGGUCAUAGAGAAUCCAGAAGUGCCGGGACUCGAAUGCUUCCUACCACCGCCUCCGCCACCCCCACCGCCACCGCCGCCGCCACCCCCGCCACCGCCACCGCCAGCUUCGGGGAGCAUAUCUUCGGACGACGAUGCACAAUCCACAACGAUGCAACAGCAACGACCGACGGCAACGAACGAGAACGUAAUGACUACCGCGACGGUAGCGAUUGUCGCCGAUGGGGUUUCUCCGACCCUAAAUCCGUUCCCGAAUUCGGUGCCGUCAAAUCCAUACAUGCUGCAUCCAACGAUGCAACCGCAAACACCCGGACAGUCAGCAACCCCGACCCCCUGGUGGAUACCCACCGACAGCGAUACUUCGGAUCUUUAUACUCAAUGGUACGAUCCGACUUUUAAGGGUGCAGCUACUGCGGCACUAGCAUCUCCCGCGGUGACCUCAGUUAUAGGAAAGAAUAAGAACAAGAAUUUCUAUAAGCGUAAAAAUGAAUUCAUCGAUCCAGCACAAGAUGCAGAGAAAGUGGCGAGCGCGCAGAGAGAACUGUCGGCCCUGAUGAAACCGCUCAAAUGUGAUCUGUGCAAUGCAGUUAUGAACUCCACGUUACAAGCGAAAUUGCACUAUGACGGCAAGCCACAUCAGAAAAAAGUAUCGAUGUUUCUCAAUCAGAGCGUUAAAAAACAGAAAACGGAAGAUGGCCAAGUGAGCAGUACGACCAAUAACGACUGGCAAAACUACUGUGAUAUAUGCAAAACGUGGUUUACGUCGCAAACAGAUGCCACGCAACACUACGCGGGCAAAAAGCACAUUAGGGCGGCGAACGGUGGGCCUCGUGCAAGGCCAUCAAAAAAGUCACAGAAUCAAAAUCAGUACAAUCAGGUGGACUCGACGGGCCGUUUCGGAAUUGGUAUGACCUUCCAGACGGACGCGCAAUCCGCCCCGACUGUGGCACCGAUUGCACCUGACGGUAUACCUGCGGUGCCGAAUCCGGCCGCGGUACCACCGAUGUAUACUUCAUCGCCGUAUCCUACGCCGCUGCGCUGUGACUUAUGCGGAGUUUCGGCUAAUCGGCAGGAUCAGCUGGAAACACACAAACGUGGAGCCCGACAUCUCAGGAUGCUCAGGCUCAACGGACUUCCCGUGCCUGAACCCGGUAGUAUCCUUACCGAAAACGAGAACACGUCCAGCGCCUCGGAACCUAUAGAUUAUUCUAUUUACCGGACACCAUCAGGGCAGUAUUAUUGCGCGCCGUGCAACCUGUCGUUGAACUCGGAGACCACGUUUGCCCAACACGUCGAAAGCAAGAAACACAAAAAUCAGUCUAACCCAAAGUUACCCAACACCGUGGUGGCGGCAAAAAAAGCCAGAUUCAAGAAAAAAUAAAACCGCGGCAAUAUCACUUUCUAAUGUAAUACCACUGCGUUCCAUUUUUCUUUCUAUCCGAUUUCUCCGGUUUCAAAUUCCGCGCAUUCAUUUUGAGUUAAACGCAAUAAAUUCUGAUUUAUCAUUA